GCUGAAACGAACACGAACUAGUUCUAUACGUAGCGAAAAAUCCGCAGCAAACUAGUACCUCUAUUUUUGGUUGAUUAAUUCCUUCUAAUAUGGUCUCGUCUUGCGCUUGCCCCGCACCCGCGGCCGCCUUGCCAAGCGCAGAAGGUGCAAAUCCUAAUUCCGCUUCGGCAUCAUCCCGCUCGCCGCAACACGGCGGCAACAGCACGGCUUCCCUGUGCAACUCGACUCCGCAGCACGAGGACGCCUUUUCCCUCGAACUUGAAAACGAAAACCCGAUCGAGAACUCGGCCCGCCCGCGGAAGCUUUCGGACAAGAAAAAAGCGUGCCUGGUCGAGGGAAACCAAUUGCAGAAGUUUCUCGCGGACAUUCUGACUGCGAAACAAGGCAUAUGACAGUGCACGACUCCCCCUCCUCCUCAUUUGGCAUGCAAAAUGCCUGAUUUAUAUUUACGCCUUGGCCCUUGGCACUCUUUGCAUGGCAAGUUCUCGCAGCCCAAAUAGCACUUCUACACUCGUGUUCAAAUUUGUCAUGCAAAACCUGUAUUCUUGCUUACACUUGUAUUGCUGUUCAUGCAAUACAAGUGAGGGGGAGGAGGAGUUGUGCGCUCUCAUAAGGGAGGACCCCACCGCUGCACCGGCCCAACCAGACCGAGACGAAAAGCGCGAUUGAGAAAAUCCGGACAGCGUUUUUGGUUCCAUCUGCCAUGUUGAAGGCGGAAAAGGAAAACGAGAUAAAUAGCGUCAUCUGCGCGGUGGACAAUGCGAGCACGUCUUGUACGUCGACCAAUCGCUCUACAACAAGCGCGUCCUCUUCAUCGGAAAACGAAGAUGGUGGUCGUGCGAAGGAUUCUUCUGCUUGCGGCUCUGCACCUCCUGCUAGAUAUACCGCCGCCCCGAGGACUCCCGCUGCAGCAGACUCAACAUCUUCAGAGGAACUACAAGUGAAACAUCAAAGGAGCGGCCUGCAGUCGCCGGAACAGCUGGCGCAGGUUUAUGGAGAGCUUCCUUUCACGACCGGGGAGCAACUGUAUGAGAGUGCACAACUACCCCCCUCCCCCUCAUUCAUUGUCAUGCAGAACCGCAAAUCCAUUUGGUGCCCUUUGGCACUGUUUGCAUGACAAAUUUCGGAAGGCCAAACAGUACUACUUUCGGCCAGUGAACUUGUCAUGCACAGGCCCCAGGAGUCCUGGCGUUUGUAUUGCUGUUCAUGCCAUACAAGUGAGGGGGAGGGGGACUUGUGCACUGUCAUAAACUGUUUGGCAGUUACUUCGCCUGUGAGGGUCUCCUCGGAAGCAUAUUCGCGGACGACGUUUUCUACGAUGUCGGCUCUGGCUUUGGCAAAACGGUGCUGCAAGUCUACCUGACCACGCGCGUCCGCAAAGCGGUCGGGAUUGAGCUCGGGGACACGCGACACGAGUUUUCAGUGCUGCUGAAGGACCGGCUGCUGCGUGAGUUGUUCUGUCCAACGAGCGACAUCGAAUUUAAACAGGGCAAGGUCGGAGAUCACGUCUUGCCCACUGAAUCCGGAAAGACCAAUACAGCAACGAUCCCUCCUGCUGCUUCUCUCCACCAGUUCGCAUGCCGAGGCGUGUUUUUUCGCCACGAGAACAUGUUCCACGCCCGGAUGUCGGACGCCACCAUUGUCUUCUUUUCCAGCUUGAUGUUCAGCGAUCCGGCCAUCGAAAAAAUGGCGGCAAAAAUUUUGACCGAGUGUCCCAACUUGCGCUUUUUCGUGCUGCUGAGUGAGCUGCCAUUGUCGCUGUGCGCGGCGGGCGUGGGACGGGAUGAUGCGGGUGAAAAUAAAGCUGAGACCACGACGCGCUGCUUUCCGUAUUGGGAAAUGGUCAGCUCGCACAACCUAUCAACUGCAAAAAUGUCUGGGUCUGGAAGAACGCAAGAUUUGUCAUGCAUACUUCUCAUGACCCAUGAUGCCUGUAAUGCAUGGCCUAGCAUCGCAGACUUUUAGAGGGCCUCCUGAUGCACCUUCCGCAUGAGAAAUGCCCUGCCCGUGUGCCACAAAUUGCACCCCUCUUGCUGGUCAUGCAAUACAAUUUUUUUUAGAGUCCAAAAACAGCAUGACAAUCUUCCAGACCCAGACAUAUUUGCAAUUCAUACGACCUAGCGAUGGGCUGGUCGGACAAAACGCCAACGCAUAGUAAACUAGGACUACAGCCAGUUUAUGUGUACAGACCUGUGAACAUAGCGAGGUACCCCGACAACUCGAAAGCUGCUGCUGAAGGCAGCGACAGGCAAAAAUUCUUGCUACAACAC